AUUGACCUGCGAACUUCUCGGUACUUCUCGCAGACUUCUAUGUAAUUGUGCAGAAGUUCGUGGUUUAUGCUCCCUCCCAUAUUUCGCUCCUCCGUGAUCGGGGACAUUCUCCUCUCUCUCUCUCGUCUCGCCGAAUGCCUGUUAAUUAUAAAACGCACUUUGGAGCGAUUAUCUAAACUAUCUAAAGAUAUGUGAUGUACUUUGAACCUGCCGAGUGGGGAUUGACUUCGAAGCGGCCGCAACGAAGACAACUGUGACAUUUCUCCCGUUUCCCUCCGACCGAUCUGCGGUGUCUGUUUUCGGUUUUCGCCUGACCCCACGUAUCGACGUUGACACCUGAUACGCCGCGCAUUACCAGGAGGACAAAACGCCGCGAGAUGAUUAACACCGGGAAGUUGGCUGGUCGCACUAUUUUUAUUACCGGUGCCUCAAGAGGUAUCGGGAAGAGUAUAGCGCUGAAGGCUGCGAAAGAUGGUGCAAAUAUCGUUAUCGCUGCAAAAACCGCCGAGCCGCAUCCCAAGUUACCAGGCACCAUUUAUACGGCGGCUACCGAAAUCGAAGCAGCCGGCGGCCAAGCUCUACCUUGCAUCGUGGACGUACGGGACGAGAAGCAGGUGAUUAACGCGGUGGAAAGUGCUGUCGCCAAAUUCGGUGGUAUAGACGUAGUUGUGAACAAUGCGAGUGCCAUUUCUUUGACGGGCACCGUCGCGACCGAUAUGAAGAGAUACGAUCUAAUGAAUCAGAUCAACGCCCGGGGAACUUUUCUCGUGUCGAAAGUCUGUGUACCGUAUCUCAAGAAAAGCGCGAAUCCACAUAUAGUUAACAUAAGUCCGCCGUUGAGUAUGAAACCGAUAUGGUUUCAAAAUCAUGUCGCAUACACCAUGGCUAAGUACGGAAUGUCCAUGUGCGUUCUCGGUAUGGCGGAAGAAUUCAAGCCUGACGGUAUCGCAGUCAACGCUGUUUGGCCUAGGACAGCCAUACAUACUGCUGCAAUGGACAUGCUGUCGGGUUCGGACUCGAGCAACGUCUGUCGAAAACCUGAAAUUAUGAGCGAUGCUGUUUACGCGUUGAUCUGUAAAGACAGCAAAUCUAUUACUGGUCAAUUUUUGAUUGACGAAGAUAUAUUAAAGAACGAAGGCAUUGCUGACUUUACAGACUACGCGUGUAAUCCAGCAAACAAGGAUAAAUUAAUGAUGGACUUCUUUCUGGAAGAUACGUCUACUCAAGGAGAUACUUCUAGUCCUGAUAAAGCACGUAGUGAAGAAACUGGACAGAUGGCACGUAUAUUUAAUGCCAUCAAUGCUAAUUUAAGUAGCGAAUUGGUCAGUAGGACUGGUGCAAUAUUUCAAUUCAACGUGAAAGGGAAAGAGUCUGGUGUAUGGUUCGUCGACCUGAAAAAUGGAAAAGGUGCUACUGGCAAAGGAGAACCGAGCCAGCCAGCAGAUGCAAUUCUUACAAUGGAUUCAGAUAAUUUCUUUGCUAUGUUUUCAGGCAAGCUAAAGCCGGCUUCUGCAUUUAUGACAGGCAAAUUAAACAUCAGCGGAAAUAUGCAGAAAGCAAUGAAGUUAGAGAAGUUAAUGAGUAGUUUAAAAUCCAAACUGUAAAUACCAAUGAUUGAAAUACCAUAUAUCCUGCAGCAUAUAUUUUUAUAUAAUACACGAGUCUCUUUUCUUAAAUAUACGUAUCUUGUAUGUACACUCUUUCUCUUUGGUAGAAAAGUGCGCGUAAAUAGAAAAAUAUUGUGAUCUAAAUUUACUAUAUUAGUAUCGUACUUUUUCAUUGAUGAUUGUUUCUAGGAAACAAAACGUUUAAAAUUGUGUAUAAUACAUAAUUUUUUAUAAAAAUAAAACGAUUAUAUAGGCAAAGAGAAUAUAAAGUUUGUACUUUUAUAAGGUAGGUGCAUACAAAAACUAUACGUAUAUUGUAAUCAUCGGGAAGGUUUUAUACAAGACAAAUAAACAUUUUAUACAUGUAACAAAA